UAGAAAUCGCCAUCACUAUCCCAGCCCGCCAUCUUUUGGUACGGCGUAUUGUCUUGACCUAGCUAACGUCUUUGGCAGUCCUCCCCACUUCCUUCAAAACAAAAAUGUCUGCCGCGUGGAAUCUAACUGCUAACAGAUGCAAGGAAUAGUAUCCGGCGGCGGUAGAACGUUAAAAUAAUACGGCAUUUAAAGAACAACACUUGACGGGAGUAUGAUGAGUUUUAGACGCUGACGGCCACGGCGGCUAACGUAGCCAAGUGGCUAACAGUUUGUUUUUGGCUAAGCUAAUGCCCCAAAGAGUUGCAUUCGUUGGAAGAGACGAGCAAUGGAAGACACCAAGGUCGCCAAAGUCUCCUUAAAGAUGUGCCUUGUCUUCAAAAACCGCCUGGGUAUAUAUAGCGGGUACCACUAUGAGAGGUCUCCUGGCAGCCAUCAUGAAGGGUACCGUCUCCAUCUGCUGUUUUGUCUCCCUGCUGCUUUUGCAGGCCACAGCAGAGGAAGAAGAAGAAUUCACCGCCGUCCUCCGAGACAGAUCUCACAUCGAGGAGACGCUGCGCUUCGCCACCGAGGAGAAAGCAGCAGACUAUGCAGCGGCUCUACAGAGGUUACGGAAGAUCUACCACGGCUCCAUCAAGCCCAUGGAGCAGGCCUACAAGUACAACGAGCUGAGGCAGCACGAGAUCUCAGAUGGCGAAAUCACAUCCAAGCCCAUGGUGCUGUUCCUGGGACCGUGGAGCGUAGGAAAGUCCUCCAUGAUUAAUUACCUCCUGGGCUUGAGCGACAGCCCCUAUCAGCUCUACACAGGAGCUGAGCCUACUACCUCUGAGUUCACCGUCAUCAUGCACGGGGAGAAGAUCCGCUCCGUGGAGGGCAUCGUGAUGGCGGCAGACAGCUCUCGGUCAUUCUCCCCCCUGGAGAAAUUUGGGCAAAACUUCCUGGAAAAGUUGAUCGGAAUUGAGAUGCCGCACAAGCUGCUGGAACGUGUGACCUUCGUGGACACGCCCGGAAUCAUAGAGAACCGCAAGCAGCAGGAGAGAGGGUACCCCUUCAACGAUGUCUGUCAGUGGUUCAUCGACCGCGCCGAUCUGAUCUUUGUGGUGUUCGACCCCACCAAGCUGGACGUGGGACUGGAGCUUGAGAUGCUGUUCCGUCAACUCAAGGGCCGCGAGUCCCAGAUCCGCAUCAUCCUCAACAAGGCCGACAACCUGGCCACCCAGGACCUGAUGCGAGUCUACGGAGCUCUUUUCUGGAGCUUGGCGCCGCUCAUCAACGUGACGGAGCCCCCCCGCGUCUACGUCAGCUCUUUCUGGCCCUACGACUACGCUCCCGACACCAGCCGCGAGCUCUUCAAGCGGGAGGAGAUCUCCCUCCUGGAGGAUCUCAACCAGGUGAUUGAGAACCGCAUGGAGAACAAAAUCGCCUUCAUCCGCCAGCACGGCAUCCGCGUUCGCAUCCACGGCCUCCUGGUGGACCGCUACGUCCAGACCUUUAAGGACAAGAUGAGCUUCUUCAGCGACCCGGAGCUCGUCUUCAAGGAGAUCGUGGACGACCCGGACAAGUUCUACAUAUUCAAAUCCAUCCUGGCCAAGACCAACGUCAGCAAGUUCGACCUGCCUAACCGCGACGCAUACCGCGACUUCUUCGGGAUCAACCCGAUCACCAACUUCAAACCCCUUUCGUCCCAAUGCUCCUACAUCGGAGGCUGCCUGCUGGAUAAGAUCGAGAAAGCCAUCACCAACGAGUUGCCCGCUCUCCUGAGCAGCAUCAACUCGGGUAAACAGCCCGGACUUUCUUCUUGUGAGGUCACCGGCUGCGGGGAGAAACCCAAAAACCGUUACCGAAAGAACUGAGGAGGUAACUUGAGCGGGGAGGAAGGAAGACGACGGAGGAAGAAGGUGAAGAAAAAAGUUGCCAGAAGAAGAGCCUGUGAUUGUUGAGGGGGAAAAAAAAGGAUAUUAGCGUUUUAUUUUCCUCAGAAGAUGCAUUUAGGGACUGUGGGGGUGAGACGGACAGCGGGAGGGGGCGGGC